UCAGUUCGUUAAAAGAAUAGGUAGCGACUUAACCUAUCGGCGAAAUUAUUAACAGAAUUGUUAAAUAACUAUAAUAUAAAUAUUAUUGAUUUUUAUAAUAAUGUAAAACUUAUUACAUAAAAAAAAUUAAUUAAUUAAAUUAUUAUAAAGAAUAAUAAAUAAAUAAAAUUUAAAAUGAUUAUAGGUCUAAAGAUUUAUUUUUUGUUACUAAUCGCUGUUGUAGCUCAAUAUGUUGAGAGCGCAAAUAUUUUAGCAGUUUUUGUUUUCCCAGCCAAAUCUCAUUUCAUGAUGACAAAAGUUUUAGUUAAAGAAUUGGUAAAAAGAGGACACAAGGUUACUUUUGUAACGAGUUACUCCAUACCAGAAGUAAAAGUUCAUAAAGAAAUUUUACUAGAUCCACCAUACAAUUUUGGCCCAGAUAUUUUAGAAACAUUUAACGCUCAAAGUCUUUUUGACCUUACAAGUUUACGUACGAUUGAUUUUGCUAAAAUGCUUGAAGUAAUUGGCACUAAAACUACUGAAUAUGCUUUACAAAAUGUUGAAGUUCAAAAUCUUAUAAAUAAUACUGAAACUAAAGGGAAAUUCGAUUUAUUGUUAGUUGAGCAAUUUUUCCAAGAAGCAUUUUUACCCCUAGCCACUAAAUAUGAAGUUCCAGUAAUAAGUGUAGCUACCUUUGGAUAUGCAAAUUAUAUAAGUCAAAUUAUGGGAGUCAUAACACCAUAUUCACAUGUACCACAUGGUUGGUUAUCAUAUGAUGAUAAAAUGAAUUUUUACGAAAGAAUAACGAAUACAGCACUUUCCGUUUAUGAUGAUUUUUUCAGAGAAGUUAUUUAUUUUCCACAACAAGAUGAACUUGUAAAAAAAUAUUAUUCUCACUUAAAAUUAAAUAUACCAUCCGUAUCAAAACUAGAAAAAAAUAUAUCUCUUAUAUUACUUAAUAGUUAUAUUCCACUAAUCAAUCCAAGACCAGAAGUACCCGGCAUGAUUGCAGUUGGAGGUGUACAUAUUGAAGAACCUAAACCUUUGCCUUCUGAUAUAAAGAAAUUUUUAGAUGAUGGAGAAAAAGGUGUAAUUUACUUUAAUUUAGGAACUAAUGUUCGUAGUGCUGAUUUGCCAGCAGAAAAACUGGAAAUGUUUCUUCAAAUAUUUAGAAAAUACAAAGAUCAAAAAAUCCUUUGGAAAUGGGAAGAUGAAAAAAUUCCACAACUUCCAGCAAAUGUUAUGGUUAAGAAAUGGUUACCACAAAAUGAUAUUCUAGCCCACAAAAAUAUUAAAGUAUUCAUUACACACGGUGGCUUGAUGGGUACUCAAGAAGGUGUUUAUCAUGGUGUUCCAAUGUUAGGAAUUCCUGUUUAUUGUGAUCAAUAUUUAAAUAUGAGAAAAGCUGUUAAAUCAAAUUACGCAAUAACAUUAAAUUACCAAACUAUGACAAAAAAUGAUAUAGAUCAAGCACUUGAACAACUCCUACACAAUCCGAGCUACAUGGAAAAUGUUAAAAAAUUCUCAGAAAUAUUUCGUGACCGGCCAAUGAAAGCUUUAGACACUUCAAUGUAUUGGAUAGAAUACGUUAUUAAAUACAAAGGAGCACCGCAAUUGCGUUCAGCGGGUGCUGAUAUGCCUUGGUAUCAAUUUUAUCUUCUCGAUGUGAUUGGAUUUUUCAUUAUUAUCAUAUUUAGUACGUUAUUUAGUAUUGUUUUGUUGUGCAAAAAGCUAUAUAGUAAAAAAUCAAAUGAAAAGAGUAAAAAAGAAAAAAUAACAUCAAGUAAAUCCAAAAAGAAAAAUUAAAACUUUGUGAAAACAAAUAAAUUUUAUUUUUAAUAUUUUAAAACGUUAUAAUGUC